GACCUCAGAACAGGCGAUAAAAAACUGUGUUUGUCUCUGAGAGGGCAGUAGGAGAGGGCUUCAGGAUGUCUGUACCUGGAAGCUUCGCGGUGCUCCGUCUGUUGUGGCUGCUAUCAGUGUUUGGCACGGUGCUCCCACUGGACGGUGGCAUGCUCUUUCCCCGUGAGUCCUCCUUCAGAGAGGUGAAGGAGCUGAACGGGCUGUGGGAUUUCAGGGCUGACGGGUCCCCCAACAGGAACGAGGGCUUCGAGAAGGCUUGGCACAAACGUCAGCUGGCAGAGACGGGCCCAGUGAUUGAAAUGCCAGUUCCUGCCAGCUACAAUGACAUCACACAGGACCCCACACUGAGAGAUUUCAUUGGCUGGGUGUGGUAUGACCGAGAGGUGGCCGUGCCUGCCCGCUGGAUCUCCGAUCAGGGAACAAGAGUAGUUCUUAGAGUGGGAAGUGCUCACUAUUACUCAAUAGUGUGGGUGAAUGGAGAGAAAGUGACAGAGCAUGAAGGUGGCCAUCUUCCUUUUGAGGCAGAGAUUAGUAGUUUAAUCCGCAGGGAACCAACGAAGCCAUGCAGAAUCACCAUCGCGGUAAACAACACCCUAACUUUGGAGACUCUUCCUCCAGGCACCAUCCAGUACAUGAAUGACAGCAGCAGGUAUCCUGAUGGGUUUUUUGUGCAAAACAUGGACUUUGAUUUCUUCAACUAUGCUGGGAUUCAUCGUCCUGUACUGUUGUAUACUACUCCUAAGGUGUAUGUGGAUGACAUCACAGUGGAGACCAACUUCAUGGAUAACACUGGUCUUAUCAGAUACAAAGUAUCUGUUCAAGGUGGCUUCAGCAACACUCUGAACAUUACUCUAAUGGACAAAGAUGGCCACUUUGUGGCCUCCUCCAAUGGAUCAUCUGGAGUGCUUAGAGUGGUAGAUGUGAAGCUGUGGUGGCCGUACUUGAUGCACGAGAAUCCAGGUUACCUUUAUUCUAUGAAGGUCCACCUAAUUGCAGUCAGUGAGACAUCAACAUAUGAGGAUGAGUAUACUCUGCCACUUGGCAUCCGCACAGUAAACGUUACCAACACCCAGUUCCUCAUUAACAACAAGCCAUUUUAUUUCCAUGGGGUCAAUAAGCAUGAGGACGCUGACAUUCGUGGUAGAGGCUUUGACUGGCCCCUAAUUGUAAAGGACUUUAAUUUAAUGAAGUGGUUAGGGGUCAACUCGUUCCGUACCAGCCACUACCCCUAUGCUGAGGAGAUCCUGCAGAUGUGUGACCGUCAUGGGAUUGUCUUGAUAGAUGAGUGCCCGGGUGUGGGCAUCAAAGACAUUCGCAGUUUUGGAAACGCCUCUCUGUCACACCACUUGGUUGUCAUGGACGAGCUUGUGCGCCGGGACAAGAACCAUCCCUCUGUGGUCAUGUGGUCGGUAGCCAAUGAGCCCGCCUCAGAGAUGCCUCCUGCUGAAUUUUAUUUCAAGACUUUGAUUGAGCACACCAAAGCUCUGGACCGAACCCGACCUGUCACUUACGUCACAAUCGCUGAAGCUGACAUGGACAAAGGGGGUCCCUAUGUAGAUGUAGUGUGUGUAAACAGUUACUUUGCCUGGUAUUUUGAUCAAGGCCGACUGGAUAUCGUUCCUCUUCAGCUCAGCACUCAUUUUGAAAACUGGUACAGAAAGUACCAGAGACCCAUCAUCCAGAGUGAAUAUGGAGCAGAUGCAGUUCCAGGGCUUCACAUGGAUCCACCCAUGAUGUUCACUGAGGAGUACCAGAAUGCUCUCCUGCAGAGCUACCAUGAUGUGUUCGACCAGAAGAGGAAUCAGUAUUUCAUCGGUGAACUCAUCUGGAACUUUGCAGACUUCAUGACUGCACAAGGAAUCUAUCGUGUGGUGGGGAACAAGAAGGGUAUUUUCACCAGGCAAAGGCAGCCCAAGGCAGCAGCGUUCCUCUUGAGGAAGAGGUACUGGAGGCUGGCUAAUGAGACGGGCAGACUGCUUCCUGACUGACUAAAUAACUCUGAUCACUCUGAAACUGUGAUGGUAGUUGCAGUAUGCUAAACCAAUACUGUGAUAUUGUGUCUGAACAACAUCUGUGUGUGUGUGUGUGUGUGUGUGUGUGUACAUAUUGAUCUUAACUAAUGAACUGUAUAAUAAUUUAUUCCAGCUGUAGGGAACAUUUUAUAGGUCUACAAUGAUUGAAAAUAGACUCUUGUGCCUUAUCUAUUGUGAAGUUCACCUUUUCUAAUUAAAGCCUCAAUUUUAAAAAGUCUGACGCAAAUUAUAAAAUAUAAUAUCGUAAAACAGAUUUUUUUUUUAACUGCAAUAAUUUGCAAAUCUCAUAAGCCUGCAUUUUAUUCAUAAAAGAACAAAGAAAACAUAUUUACUGUUUAAAGUGACUUAGCUCUCUCCCCCAAAGAUACGAAUGAAUCUCUCUAAAUAAAUUACACUGUCAGAAAUUAAUGCCACUGGAAAGCAGGCUAAAACCCACUAAACCAGUAUGUUUUUAACCAGGACAAGACCUCAUUUUGUCAGGAGCCAACCUAGAAUUCAGACAAAAGGAGAGACCAAAAAGACCACAGAGUUUAUAGGACCAAAAUAUAUUUAAUUAAACUGAGUGAUUUAGAACAAGUGUAGUGUAGCGGGUGCAUGGAUGCUUGUAAAUUAUAGCAUACAUGCAAGAAAAUUGUUCAACCGAAUGGGAAGAAAAGAGAGAGCAAAACUCUUUUACAUAGCAGGCUUCAGUUCUUUGUCAGUGUCCUGGGGAAAGAAAUGGGAUGAUUAUCACCUAUUGCCAAUAGGAGGUGCCAUAAGGGUGACCUGAUAUUGGCACAUAGAUGUCUCCAGACAUGGACUCUAAUCAAUCAUGUGAAGUGUGGGUGAGAUGGGACAAAAGAUACUUUUUUUUUUUUUUUUUUUUUUCAUUUGUCUGUCCCAUUUGGU